AUGGAGCCUGAAACAUGUCGCAGCGGUUGUUUUGAAAUGAGGGUGAGCAAGUCCUCACAUUUCCAGAGACAGAAGAGUAAAUACGCUGAGCACUGCUGUGUACCACUUUGUACGGCGUCAUCUAAAUAUAAUGGUGUGCUCAGCUUUCAUUGCUUUCCCAAAGUUCCUGCCCUGAGGAGGCAAUGGCUAGUAAACAUUCGCAGGGAAAAACUUUUGAUUACCUCUCACACAAAAGUUUGUAGCCGGCACUUCUCAUUUGAUUAUCUAGUUCAGCCAACUACUCCAGUGGGUAGGAUGAGGCUGGUAAAAUGUGCUGUGCCGACACUAUUUCAGUGGAACGAAUACAACGUUCAAAAAGCGCGUAGCAAUGUGUCAGUCAGAGCCGGAGAGCCAAGUGAACCAGACCCCGAGGACGAGCAUAAACAUAACAUUGAUUUCUUAAUGGACCACGAUUACUGCUCAGCACCCGAGCCAGCUGCAAUGGAUAUUUCUGCAUCUACUGCAAAGGACAUGCCUAACAAAAACAAAGACCCCAAAAAGGAGAUACAGGAGCCGCAUGUCCAGCAAGAGUUUGGGUUGCAGCGGUUAGCUGGCUCUGGCGCUGACGACUGUGUCUCCGCCAGGUAAGACCAUUUCUAUCGCACAUUGGUUACAUUUAUAGCAAUUAUUAAGUGUAAUAGCCUGUAAACAGAAUGUGUAAAUGUAAAUUUAGUUAUUUUACGAAAUAGUAUUUUGCAGUUUAUUGUCAUCUCAUUACGUCACAAUUACAAUUAAAACACGUAAUUUCCUUUUAUAAAGUUUUGUACACUGUUAAAAUCCUCUAUCAAGCUUACAACCGCGGGUGUCCAUUUUUUUCCGCACAUCUGAUGAACAUGCGUGAAGCGUAUCUUAGGGAGGUCCUGCAGAUGUGCUCAUAAAUAUAUAUGGAUCUCACACACACAUUUAUGUAGAAGACCGUUGCGUGGUAUGUAGACGGGGAAUGGGGAAGAGUUUAAUAACAUUAUGCUGUGCCAUCCGCAGAGCCUAGUAAGCUUAUUACUAAGACGGUACCUUUACUGUUCUGCCUAUGGGUUGAACGUCAUUCGUCAAUUGCGAGGUCAGAGUCUGGGAUUGGACAAGUGGGCCCGCGCUCCCUGUGCAUGCGAGCACCGAUUGGUCAUUUUCACAAUGACGUCAGUCAACUUCCGCGAUUCUUCCAAGCAGGUUAUCGUGACCAUAGAUAUCAUAACUCUAGAUGCCCGAGACCCAAUUGCAAGACAAUUGCGGCGCAUACGUCACAAGAUCACUGCCUUCUCGGAGCGGUACUGGUGACUGCUGGCAAGCAUGGUGGUGAGUGUAAACAAACGCUGUUGUCAAGUAACCCACAGGUUUUCUACACUUGUGCUGACCGCAAAACUGUCGACGAGAACCGCUCCAAGAUGGCGGCGACCUUGACGCAUAGUGGGUAGGUGUGUGAGGCAUCUAGUGUUCAUAUCGCAACUCCCUAUAGAUGUUUACAUCGGAGGCUCGUUUUGCAGGUAUCAUUUGCUCUGCUUUUAUUCAGCUUUUGUAUCUGCGACUGAACUUCAAAAACAAACAAGCUUUUUAUCAUUUAUCUUUCCUAUGAAAAACAACAUGUGUAAGGGUCUCAGGUGGUUGGAAAAGAUAAUUGCAGAAGAAGUAACAUGAGGCUUACGUUGUUUGAAGUUAAAGGUCUGAGGGUGAAACAUGUGGAUUUCAGUAAACACUUGUGUUUUCCAACUCUUGAAAAAGUGUGAUCUAAACUGACACAUAUAUUGAAAAAUAUGUAAUUGUAUUUAUGUUAUUCACCAUCUUGCUUGUAUUUGUGGUUAUUUAAACAGCUGUACAUACAAGAGGUGCAAAAUGGCAGAGUCGUCAAGAAGAUACUACUGCAGUGUUCCUUUUUGUUCGAGUAACACACAACAGUGUCCUUAUUUGAGUUUCCACGAUUUCCCCGUCAACAUUGAUGUACGUGAACAGUGGAUUAAGGCGAUCAGGAGAGAGGAGGGGCUGAGUUUCAGAGUCCUCCGUGGAAGCACCUUUGUGUGUAGUCAACACUUCAACCCAGGGGAUAUUUAUACAUCAGUCAGUGGACGAAUCCGCGUCAAACAGGGGGCAGUGCCAUCUAGAUUCCACUGGAAUGACUUUGGUAAGUGAAGAAUAGCCCUGUUUAACCUGCUUAUACAUGAAAUAUUACAUUUUUUUAUUUUAAGAUAUAAAUACUAUUGUGCAGAGUAAUGAGGUAAGCAGCCCUGUUGAGUUUAUCACACAUUUGCCCUCACUAGGGGGUGCAGCUUCAAAUGAUACAACCCUUAUUUUGUAAAAGUUUGGACACUGUGUAAAAUGUCAAAAAAAGAGAGAAGUUAAUGGUUUGCUUAUAAUUUAAUCCUCAUAAUUAAUGAAAUGUGUAGUGAAAAGACAACAAUUAUGAAAAUGAACACCAAUAUUAGCCCCCCCCCCCUUAUAAAGCACCAUAAGAACAUUUAUGAACCCUUGUAAAUGCAUCUAUAAGCCUUUAUAACAAUCCUGUAAGUGAUAUUAAGCAUUGAUAACAUUUAAAGAAAUGUUUUUAAAGUGUUAUAAGAAGUGAGAAUAGUGCUUUAUAAACUAUAUCUUUACAAGGCAGGUAUUACACAACUUUUCAGGGUUUCUUUUUCAAGACCAGACCCACGUUUUGUUGUGAAUGUCAAAGUUAAAAUAACCUUCUUUUCUAUAAUGAUAAGUUGUAAUUUUUUUUCACUUCUUCUAUUGAUUUAGUUUUUUUUAUAACCCUCAGUCAAGUAAAGGGCUCAAAUAAUUUGUAAACCAACACGAUUUAAUCUAACAACAUUCUACACAGUGUUCAGACUUUUUUGGAAUAGGGUUGUGCAUACAAAGAAAUAAAGUGUAUGUUGCCACACAAAGCAUAGGUGAUGUAAUUUGGAAAAGUGUUUUUUUUUUUUUUUUUGUAUGGUAACUGAAAAUGCCUGCCAUUGAUUUGCAGAUAAAAUCAAGUUUAACAUCAUAUUCCACUCCUCUAGGCUCAUCACUGCAGGAGUCAGAGUACCAGCAUGUGCUAAAACGUCCUCGUGUUGCUAACUUGGAUGACCCUCAGCUGAUGGUUUUGCCAGUGGUUAGCAAAAUAGAGGUCUCUUUAGAUGCACUGGCAAAAGAUCAUAACUACGCUGGCUGUCCUUUUCCUGGUAAGUAUUAUUGAAAGAGUAGAGGUUGUUGUUUUUAUUAAGCAGAAAAAAAUACAGUAGUGUCGUCUAAAGUUUUUACCCCUCCAAAGAGUGCCAGAAAAGACAAAACAAUCAUAGUCAAACAUAUCCACCCGCUUCAAGUCAUUAAUUAACAUAGAAGCUUUUAUAAAAAUGAGGAGACCACUGUAUAGAAUGUGAGUAAAUUGAAAAAGAAAAAAAGAACAGUCCCCAAUCAUAGGUGGAGGAAUAUCAACAAAUACUGUCAACAACAAAAGCUGCAGAUAAAUCUUACAGGAAGCCAAUAUUAUAUCAAUUUCUCCCUCCAUCAUUGAAAUUGGUAUCGAGUUUCAAUAUUUAAGGCAGUGUAUUGAAAUUUAAAAACCUAUAAUGUCCAAUAUUAUUACAGUUCUAUGGUGGUCUACACUUGCUCCAAGAGUCGAGCUUAGAUGCCUCUUUUCUUUGAGCGACUCGUGGAUUUCUUGGAAAGAAUAUGUUGGAUAUCCACACCAGCCAGGAGAAAUAGGCAAACAUUGUGGAUGGGGAUUGAAAACUUUUUUCAGAGGAAGCCUAGAUACUUUAAUUAGUAGAUGACCACAAACCUCCACUAACAUCAAACUAUAAUACAGAUGUCACUACAGUGUAGCUUUGUUACAAUCAAUAGAUUUGAAAGUAUUGAUAUUCUUAUCAUGUCAAAGAGAACCUUGGUGAAACAUUUACUCAACAUUUGGGAAAAAAUCUAAUUUUAACAGAAGAUAAAGAUGAUGACAAGCUGUAAGUAGUGCAACAACAUCAUUUAAAUUUAUUUACCUGUGAAGGAGACGAGGCUAUUAAGCACUGUAACAGUGCAUGUGUCAACUUGCUGAUAGAGAAAGGAACACAAAGAUUGCAUCCUGUACUGGAGAGUUGUUAUGGAAAAAACAUGAGCAUUAAAACCUUAAAUAUUCAGUUGAUUUUAUGAUUUUUUAGAUGACCCCACAGUGUAGGGUCAUCUAAAAAUCUUGUUAAGUGUAAAUGUGUACAUUUAGCUUAAUUAGUCUCUGCGCCUUAGAGGGGUCAAGAUUUGUUGUCACGCUCAUCUACAAAUAGCAUCAGGUGAUAAAGACUUCGUGAAGAUGGAUGGAUGGAUGAUGGAUGGGUGGAUGGAUGGAUGAAUGGAUGGAUGGAUGGAUGAAGGAUACCUUUUGACUGGUGUGCUCUUUUCCUCCCUUUUAAGAUAUACUGGACAGUGCCACACAAGGAAUAAAAGAUUUGGAGCAUCAAGUUCUAACUCUGGAAACGGAAAUCCAGCAGACAGUCCAGAAGCCAGAGCCACUGAUUUUCAAGGUUUGCCGCACUGAUGGUGACUUUCAGUACUACACAAGAUUCAGCUCAAUGGAAGUCUUCAUUGUCUUUUGGGAGUCAGUGUACCCCUCUGCAUCAAGGCUUGUGUACUGGUCCAAGGCCCAGCAAACAGUCCUCGAGUCAUCUAGCUAUGAAAAAAGGCUUCCACUUAUUGAUGAGCUGUUUUUGUUUUUCUGUCGGGUUGCAGCUGGACUGCGGGAAAAAACAUUGUCAGCCAUCUUUGAUGUUAGCUUGUUCACAGUUAACCAUAUCAUCUUAACAUGGACUAACUACCUCUACCUCAUUCUUGGCUCACUACCAAUGUGGAUGACAAGAGGGCAAGUGCAGGCCACAAUGCCUGAGGAGGUAAAGCUUCACUGCCCUCAAGUGAGAGUGAUAAUUGACUACACCGAGAUCCACUGCGAACCAGCACCCUCCCACUGUCUACAGCCAGAGACCCCCCAGAAGUACAAAAAACACAUCACUUAUAAAAGUAUGAUAGGCAUCGCUCCAUGUGGCCUUAUCACAUUUGUGUCCAAACUGUACAAUGGCUCCCUCUCAGAUGCUGUCAUAACAAAGAAAUCACAGAUCUUAGAGUUACUCGAGCCUGGAGACGGAGUGAUAGCCAACAAGUGUUCCUCAACUGAGAAGAUGCUGUCAGAAGUGGGGGCAACACUUCUCAUCUCACCGGUGGAGAAUUCUCCUCAGCUCAGCACUAAAGACACAUGCAAGACCCAAGCUAUUGCUCGUCUGAGGGCUUUAGGAGAGAGAGCCAUAGACAGGGUGAAGAGAUACUGCCUUUGGGAUGGGCCUGUUCCUCUUUCUAUGGUAGGCUCAGUUAAUCAGCUGUGGACUGUAUGCUGUCUCAUUUCAAACUAUCAGGAACCUCUCGAUAUCACAGAGGAAAAAACUGUCUGA